AUGUUUGCUACAAAAAAAGAUUUUGCUGUAUUAGCUCGACAAGUUGCACUGUCUUCUCGAGAAGUCGCUGCUGCUACUACUGAAACUGCUGCUCCAUUUCUUGUUGAUGUCUAUCAAAUACGAUUAUGGAAAUUACUUAAUAAACCAGAUAAAGCUGAUGUAGAAGCUAUUGCACAAACAUUUCAAUGUAAUCCACAAGAAUUGCUUCAUACAAUUGUUGCUUUGUAUGAUAAAUCAUUAUCCGAUAUUGGUGGUGAAACAAUUUAUAGUACAAUAUGUGAGCCAAAAGUUGUUACAAUUCUUGUCAUCUUUGAUGAUCCAAAUGUUGUAUUAAACCAAGGAACUGUGAGUGCUAUAGUUAAUAAUGAAGAAGAUUGUCUCGAUACAUUACUUGAAGAUGUUGAAUAUCCAGAUAGUGUUUUUCAUAAAGUUUUUUCUGAUCCAUCAUCAAGUGAAAGUUCAGAUGAAGAUGGAGAUGAUAGUGACUCUGAUGAUGAUGAAAAUGAUUAUUCAAUUGGUAUUGGUAAAUUUUUAGAAAAAGUUAAAGCUGGAAAACUUAAUUUUCAUAAACGUCUUAUUGGUUGUCUUAGUUUUCAAAAAACUACCAUAUUUCCAUUACCAGCUCAAGAAGAACAUGUCUUAGAUCUUCAAUUAUUGGCUUGUCGAAAAAAAUUUCGUGGUCGAGGAAUUGGUCGACAUUUACUGAGAUUAUUAAUGAAUCAUGAUUAUAUUGGAGAAUAUGAUGCUGUUAUAACCGCAUCUGAUCAAAGUGCUAUUGAUUUUUAUCGAAAAUUUGGUUUUACAGAAGAUGCUAUUAUAUUAAGCAAAUACAAAGAUAUUGGUGAUUGUUGGACAAAUACAACAAAAAUGUGUUAUUUACCACCUUAUAAUGUUGUUAAUGAUGAUCCUAUUCGGUGUCUGACUAUGAUGGAUGAUCAAUUUCAAAAAUGGGAAAAAACAAUGUUUAGUAGUUAUCAAAAUCAAGCAGCUCUAUUUAAUCGAUUAAAAAAUGAAAUGAUUGGUUUAUAUGCUAAAAUAAAUACACAAGAACAAAUAAUUAUUUCCUUAAAUCGUGAACGAUUUUUACUGGCUAAGGAAAAUGCUUCGCUUAAAUUAAAAUUAUCUCAAUCAAGAAUAUCUUCAGAAGAAAAUAAUGAUGAUAUUGAACAACUUGAAACUCAUCAAAUGAUUAAAGAGAUGGAAAAAAUAUCUAUAUUAAAUGAAAAAUUGUUAGUCGCUCAAAUGUCUUUAUUAAUGGAUGAUGAUUGUAAUACACAAAUGGCAAUUGAAUAUUGUACACAUAAACUUAAAAAUCCUCAAAAUUAUCAAAUUAAAGCAAAAAAGAUAACUGUUGAUUCAGCUACAAUAGCUUUAUAUCAAAGUUCUCUUGGUUCAUUACAUAAUGGUAGUCAAAAAAAUGAAACAUUACUUUUUUAUUAUGGUCAUCAUGAUCAUCUUGAUAUAAUAGCCACUGCUGGUUUUACUAAUGAAGAUUUUCUUUAUGGUUCAUUUGGAAAGGGUCUUUAUUUUCAUUCGACUAUAAAAAAUUUAGAAAAACAAAAAGUUGAGAAAAUUCUUCUUUGUAAAGUUGCAUUAGGUCGUAUUGAACUUAUAUCGAAAUCAAAAACAAAAUCCACUAUUACAUUAAAAAGAAAUACAGAAUAUGAUUCAAUUAAAAUAUUCGAUAUGGAAAUGAAAGAUGAUAAUGAUGAUAAUGACGAUGAAAUAGUAAUAUUUGACUCUCAUCUUGCUUUACCAUUAUUUAUUAUAACAUUCGAAUGA